CACAGCUACCUCUCUGUGAUUAACCAUUAAUGCCACCCCCCCCUUUAGCCAACUAUAAUCCAUAAAAUUCUUCUCUAUAAAUUCCAUCUCCAUUUUUUUAAUUUAAUUUCAAAACCCAUUCUCAUUUUUACUCAAAUUUUAAUAUUUACAAAACCCUUUUAUUUCCUUAAUUUUCCCAAAAAAUGGAAAAUGGAAUUGAGAAGAAAGAAAAUGGGAUUGAGAAGAAAGAAAAUGGAAUUGGGAUUGAGGAAUUAGAUUCAUCAAUUAAGGUGAAAAUAACCCAGAAAAGCCAUGUCCAACCCAGAAAGAAAUUAGGGAGAAAAGAGUGUCAAUUAAUCACAUUUGAUCUUCCUUAUCUGGGUUUUUUCUACAACCAAAAACUAAUGAUCUACAAACACAAAAACGACGAGUUUGAGGAGACUGUGAAGAAGUUAAAAGAGGGUUUGAGUGUCGUUUUGGAAGAUUUUUACCAAUUGGCUGGUAAAUUAGGGAGGGAUGAUGAUGAUGGUGUGUUUAAGAUCAUGUAUGAUGAUGAUAUGGAUGGUGUUGAGGUUUUAGAAGCAAUUGUUGAUGUUAAUGAUGAUGGUAAUGAUGAUGGUAUGAUGGUAUGUGUUGAUGAUUUAUCAUCAAAAGAUGAUAUUAGUGCCAUGAAAGAAUUGUUGCCCUAUAAUGGUGUCCUUAAUUUGGAGGGUCUACAACGUCCUCUCUUGGCUAUUCAGCUAACCAAGCUUCGUGAUGGGCUAGCAAUUGGGUGCGCAUUCAACCAUGCCGUACUUGAUGGGUCAGCAACCUGGCAUUUCAUGAGUUCAUGGGCCGAACUCUGUUGUGGGGCCGAAUCAAUCUCAAUCCAGCCCUUCUUGGAGCGAACCAAGGCCCGCUCCACGCGCGUCAGCCUAGAGAUUCCCCAAGCGCCGCCGCAGCCGGACCUCAGCACCGUCUCCGCCGCCGCGCCAGUGCUUAGGGAGAAGCUCUUCAGGUUUUCAGCAACCGCGAUCGAGAAAAUCAAGAAGGAACACAAUUCAGAGGGGCCCACUAAUGGGACCAUUGCCCCAGCUGGGCCACCGUUCUCCACCUUCCAGUCACUCUCCUCCCAUAUCUGGCGUGCCGUCACGGCGGCGCGUGAGCUCAAACCUGAGGAUCCCACUGUGUUUACUAUCUUUGCUGACUGCCGGAAAAGGGUGGACCCACCUAUGCCGGAAAGUUACUUCGGCAACCUGAUUCAGGCAAUCUUCACCGGCACCGCCGCCGGAUUACUACUCGGCCACCCGCCGGAGUUCGCCGCCGGCUAUGUCAAGGCGGCGAUUGGUGCCCACAACGCGGCGGCGAUCGAUAAGCGAAACAAGGAGUGGGAGGAUAAGCCUAUCAUUUUCCAAUACAAGGAUGCCGGCAUGAACUGUGUCGCCGUCGGAAGCUCGCCGCGGUUUAAGGUUUACGAUGUCGAUUUCGGGUUCGGAAAACCCGAGCGGGUCCGAAGCGGGGCGAACAACCGGUUCGAUGGAAUGGUUUAUUUGUACUCGGAGAAAGGAGGGGGGAAUGGGAUUGAUGUGGAGAUUAGUUUGGAAAGCAAGGCUAUGGACAAUUUGGAAAGGGAUAAGAAGUUCUUAAUGGAUGGUGAGGUGGUUUGAUUAAUUACUUGAUCUUCAUAAAAAUGUUGGUAAAUUUGAAGUUUUUUAUUUUUAUAAUUAAAGUUUUAUUAUUUAUGUUUGGGAAAUGUAUUAUUUGUUAAUUAAUGAUUGGAGUUACAAUAAAAAUGGGGUUAGGCAAAACAAUUGGACAAUUUGAUGGUGGGAAAAAGGUGUGAUUUUUGCCUAGCUCCAUUUUUCUUGUCAUUAGGAGGCUUUGUUGAAAGUUAUAAUUAUUACAAGUGAAAUGUUUUUAGGAAAUGUAUCCUCUUUUAAUUAUUUAUUAUUGUAUGAAACAUAUUACAAAGAUUAUAUUGUUGUACAAUUGUGUUGAUAAA